AUGUUAUUUCUCCACGGAAGAAGAAAUGUUAUUCCUCGUUUUACUGUUGUAAUGAAAGCGAGAGGCACCGUGACUGUAUACUUUGGGAGGGAGUUGUCAGGGCAAUAAUCCAUUGGCAUGAAUGUAAAACUAUGCAAUGAACGGGGGCACAAUUGUUAUUUUCUCUUUCAGCUAGAGAGGGUUGCUUAAAAGGGGGGCAGUAUUUCCCACUUUCGCUUCUACAGAGCACACUGUCUGUGUUGUUUUAGUAGCGAGUCAAGCAAGCGGGCGCGCGCUGUUGAUGGGGUACUUGAGCUGCAGAUUUGCUCAGCACGCUCACAAAACUUGUCUAUCUGCGCGACAACGUGUUUGGCUGAGUGGUGGCUAAUGGCUGCCAUAGAAAGUGAGAAAGACAACAACAAAUGAAUCCUUGAGAGAAGACGAAAACAGCACAGUGAGGAAGAGGAUGGUGAGCAGCCAGCCGAAGUAUGAGCUGAUCCAGGAGGUGGGGCGUGGCAGCUACGGUGUGGUGUACGAGGCGGUGGUGAAACGCACUGGAGCCCGGAUGGCCGUGAAGAAGAUCCGCUGCCACAGCCCAGAGAAUGUAGAGUUGGCCCUCAGGGAAUUCUGGGCCCUGAGUAGUAUCCAGAGCCAGCACCCCAAUGUCAUCCACCUGGAGGAGUGUGUCCUGCAGAGAGAUGACCUGGCUCAGAGGAUGAGCCACGGUUCCAGCUCCCCACUAUACCUAGAGCUGGUGGAGACUUCUCUGAAGGGAGAGAUAACCUUUGACCCAUGCUGUGCCUACUACCUGUGGUUUGUCAUGGACUUCUGUGACGGAGGAGACAUGAAUGCUUACCUGUUGUCCCGUAAACCCAGCCGCAAGACCAACACCAGCUUCAUGCUGCAGUUAGGAAGCGCCCUGGCCUUCCUCCACCGAAACCAGAUCAUCCACCGGGACCUGAAGCCUGACAACAUCCUCAUCUCCCAGGGAAGGACCUUGGCGGGAACCCCCGAGCCUACCCUGAAGGUUGCCGACUUCGGCCUAUCCAAGGUCUGCUCCACGUCGGGCCUUAACCCUGAGGAACCAGUAUCUGUCAACAAGUGUUUCCUUUCCAUGGCGUGUGGCACAGACUUCUACAUGGCUCCAGAGGUGUGGGAGGGCCACUACACAGCUAAAGCAGACAUCUUUGCCCUGGGCAUCAUCAUCUGGGCCAUGGUGGAGCGCAUCACGUUCGUGGAUGUGGAGACUCAGAAAGAGCUCCUGGGAAGCUACGUGCAGCAGGGGGAGGAGAUCGUGCCCCUAGGGGAGGCGCUCCUGGAGAACCCCAAGAUGGAGCUGUUGAUCCCUGCCAGGAUGAAGAGCAUGAACGCCGGCAUGAAACAGCUUAUCAGGGAGAUGCUGUCGUUCAACCCUCAGGAGAGGCCUGACGCCUUUGAACUGGAGCUCCGACUGGUCAGGAUCGCCUGCAGAGAGCUCGACUGGGACACGUGAAAAUGGGGGUGGAUAGGAGGGGAGAGGACCAUGGGACUUGUAGUCACAAAGUCAAGUACAUGUAUCUAGGCCUAAUUCACCACUGUUAGCUCUUGGUGCGGAGGCCACACAUUUUUUUCAUUUUGUUUUUCAAGGGAACAAUUCAAAGAUUUUGGCUUUGCAGUUGGAUAUUGGAUCGGAAGUACUGGUAAACCUAGCUAAACAGGUUGACAGCCAGUCUGUAAAAAUGGUUGUUUUGAAUGUUAACAUGGCAAGGCUGUCCAUAAGCACAUUCAGCUGUCUGUCUUGCAGAAGGAGAUGAGUUGCUAGCUACCCCACUGCUACUGGUUUAGGCUAACCUGUUAGAAGUUGACUCUGUAGUUUGCCUACAAAUGCCACCCCAGACUCUGUGGUAAUAUUCAUACUAAAGUUAUGAUACAGGGAGACUGCAUCCUUUUAUGAUAUGGAUGCAAUUAUACACAAAGGUCCACACACCUCAGUGAUCGUAAACUGUGCACGGCUGGUUUUACCAGAAUUCUGUGACCACACCCUGCUCUUCCCUUUCAACAGACAUGCACACGCACACUUCCCACUGCUCAGGUAAAAACAAAGAUAUACUGUUUGUUGGGAUUUGUAGACAAAUGGGUGUUUUUGAAGAGAGCAACAUGACAUCACUGAGGCCUGUGUAUUCUGAGCUGGCCCUGAGCCAACUAUGGGAAUUAUGCUAGUGGGAGCUGACAGUCUUGGUAUGCCAGCCCAGUGCAGACCUAACCUAGCAAUUCCCAGCCCAGUGCAGACCUAACCUAGCAAUUCCCAGCCCAGUGCAGACAUAACCUAGCAAUUACCAGCCCAGUGCAGACAUAACCUAGCAAUUCCCAGACCUAACCUAGCAAUUCCCAGCCCAGUGCAGACCUAACCUAGCAAUUCCCAGCCCAGUGCAGACCUAACCUAGCAAUUCCCAGACCUAACCUAGCAAUUCCCAGACCUAACCUAGCAAUUCCCAGCCCAGUGCAGACCUAACCUAGCAAUUCCCAGCCAGCCAGUGUCAUGAUUGGCCCGGAAUGAAAAUAAUUUGAGGAAUGGAGUGUUUGGAAUGUAAUUUAAAUUAAGUCACAACUUAAAGGCCAGAGACAACAAGCUGCUUAUUCUAAAUGCAUAAAGGAAUGUGUUCCUGCCCCAAACAACAUCAAUAUAUUUGGCUGAAGAGUCAGUGUUCUGCUUGUAUUAAUAUAAUAUAGAGCUUGAAUUUAGACUUGAAUUCUCACAAUUGAAGGUCAGUUUAGUUCUGAAUUAAACCUGUGUGAACGGUUUGGUUAGGGGUUCUACUUCAGUGGCAAUCAGUUGACGACAAAUGCACUUUUAUUUUGUUUUCCUUUCUUAACUUACCCUGCUCUCUAUCACCUUGAGAAGGCUGGAUAUGGUGUGACGACACCAAACAGUGUUUACUAGGGGCCUUGGAGGACAUAUUGUCAAACGGCAAACAAAAAGUCUACUUAUGAAUGCAAUGCCUCGCACCUUCAAAGAGGAAGAGAGAGCGAGGGGAGACACCAGCACAGCACUCACACCUCCCUGAGCCCAGAGGCGCAAUAGUUUGACACACAAUACCAUUUGUUUAACCUUAUCUCAUAUAUAUAUAUAUAUAUAUAUAUUUAAGAAAAUUAGGGGCAACUACUGACUGUAGUUGCCCCCUUUUAAUCUUUCUCACACACACCACAGUUUACCCUGGUUUGUACCGGUAAUCCCUUUCUCCAUGCUUCCUUCCGACAGACCCAUACUAAGCCUAUUUAGGCUUUUGGUAUAGUUGACAGAUGUACAGGAAGGCUCAUCUCGGGACCCUGGCCUAUCGCCUUGCAAGUCCAAACUUUCUGCGCUUCUAACAGUUGUGGGAAUGUAUCAAUAUCAUCAAAUGUUCAUCUGAAAAUGUACUUUGAGUGUCAUUCUAAAACAGUGGCAGAAGUUGUAAAAUGUGUUUUGUACAACCUGGCUGUUGCCUGCAUUACUGCCUUUUUAAAAUGUCUGCCAUUGCCAACAUACACUCGUCUUUCAUGAUGUUAAUUAACAUACUUUAUGCUUUAUUUGAAUAUCUCCACACACUAGCACAUAUAGCACUAUAUUGUUUGAUUUUGUGUCGGCCAGGCACAUUUUUGUUCAGAAUUUUGGCUUUGGGUUUCUUAUCUCAGCUAUUUCAUGCCCAUAAUGUUAGCACGGAUUGUGCUUUCAGAUGCAUAUUUUAUUAAAGGGGCAAUCAGUAGUUGCAACAUCCA